AGCAUUUGACUGUGGCUUGGGACGCGGAGAGAGGCGUGCGGCGACUGUCCGACGGCUGGCAAUGGUCUAAGCUCCCCUCGGCACCCCUCCCCCAGACGCGGCCGGGCCCUCCCCUCGGCCUCUGGACACACACCCCGCCUGGGCUCCUGAGCCUCCACGGCGCUCCGGUCCACCCGCUCCGGCGAUCCUCGGCCGAGGCCCGGGGAAGCUGCGGCGCCCGCCAGCAUGAGCGGCUCCUUCGAUCGCAAGCUCAGCAGCAUCCUCACCGACAUCUCCAGCUCGCUCAGCUGCCAUGCCGGCUCCAAGGAUUCGCCCACCCUGCCCGAGUCUUCGGUCACUGAUCUAGGCUACUACAGCGCUCCCCAGCAUGACUACUACUCCGGCCAGCCGUACGGCCAGACGGUGAACCCUUACACUUACCACCACCAGUUCAACCUCAAUGGGCUGGCAGGCACCGGCGCCUACUCCCCCAAGUCGGAAUAUACCUACGGGGCCUCCUACAGGCAGUACGGAGCAUACCGGGAGCAGCCGCUGCCUGCCCAGGACCCAGUGUCGGUGAAAGAGGAGCCGGAAGCCGAGGUGCGCAUGGUGAACGGCAAACCCAAGAAGGUCCGAAAGCCCCGAACGAUCUACUCCAGCUACCAGCUGGCCGCUCUGCAGCGCCGCUUCCAGAAAGCUCAGUACUUGGCAUUGCCAGAGCGCGCCGAGCUGGCUGCACAGCUGGGCCUCACACAGACACAGGUGAAAAUCUGGUUCCAGAACCGCCGCUCCAAGUUCAAGAAACUCUAUAAGAACGGGGAGGUGCCACUGGAGCACAGUCCCAACAACAGUGAUUCCAUGGCCUGCAACUCACCGCCAUCACCAGCCCUCUGGGACACAUCCUCGCACUCCACUCCAGCCCCUACUCGCAACCAACUGCCCCCACCGCUCCCGUACAGUGCCUCCCCCAGCUACCUGGACGACCCCACCAACUCCUGGUACCACGCACAGAACCUCAGUGGACCCCACUUACAGCAGCAGCCACCUCAGCCAGCCACCCUGCACCAUGCUUCCCCUGGGCCCCCGCCUAACACUGGGGCUGUGUACUGAGCACCCACCUGGCCUGCACCCCCCACGAAGGACCCCAGGACCAGGCAGAAGGUGCCCGUCCUAGCGACACUCAGGAAAUCAUCGAGGGGCACAGGGGAAAGGUCUCCUUUCCCCUUCCCUUGCCCCUUUCUCCAGGGACCCAAGAGCCUCCAGAUGAAAUAUGCAUGGACCAAGGAUGCCCCAAACCUCCUUCCCCCUGCUUAGAAUGGGGUGCACUCCAGAUGAUGAGGCAUUCCACCCCAAUGGGGACCACGCAUGCUCUCUGUGCCAGGAGCCUGGAUUGCCUUUAAAUGGCUCAUCACCUUCCAGCUUCUCCAGAACAGUAGAGACUUUGGGAAUGGGGAAGACCUGGAGUGUUUGCAGGUCCUGCUUGGGCUGGAGUACCAGGCACCAUGGAUCCAAGUACCUGCCAGACCUGGUUCCCCUUAAGCCACCUGGGGCAACCCCCUCUUGAGCUGCUCUAUUGCCAAAAAGACAUUGGACACCACAUCAUGGCUGAGCCUCAAGGUGGGGGAGCGACCUAGCACCCACUCUCUUCCAACCUUCAUUUUAGAUUUGAGGGUAAAACCAAAGAAAACUCCCCCAAGCCAGGAAAUCUUUUUAAUAUCCAACAUUUUCGAGGGAAGAAUUAAAGGAGCCAUUUCUCUGUCCCCUUCUUGGGGAAAGAGCCUCCCAUGUUUUUUCUAAGAACCCCUUUCUUCUUCCAUGUAGAGGACUUUGCACAACUCUGGUUUUAAAAGCUGAUGAAACAUAGGACAACCAAGGGCAUUGUUAACAGGACCAAAUCUCCCCUUUCCUGGUGGGCAGCUCUGCUCUGCUCUGCCCUGCCCCCCACUUCACCUCUUUACCCCCCAGUAAGUUGGCAGUUUUGGGGCCAAACCCCAACUCUACAGAUAUAGACCAGCCAAGACAAACCCCCAAACACCUCCUUUCCAGCAGCUUUGGAAACAGAUUGCUCCUACUCAGCUAGAGACAAGAGGAGGACUAGAACUCAGUGCCUUAGGGGUGAGGGCUGGCCGCCUGGAGGGCCAGUACCAGUGCUCCUCCCUGGCCCAGGCAUCCUCCCAAAGUUAACUUUCUUCCACCCCUGAUGUGGUAAAACAUCGAAGAAAAGGAGAGGUAAAAGACUGUAGUUAUAUAUAUAUAGUAUGUAUUUUUUUUUUUUUAAGAGUAACCAAGAGAAGCAGCCUCCUCCCUUGUGGCUUCCUAUUUAUGUGACCCUGUUCCUCCUGGACCGUUCUCCCUGUAUGUUGCAAGCUGAGAGAUGGAUGUGGGCUCCGGCUGGAUUUGGGUUUUGUGGGAGGUACAGGAGCAAGGAAAGAUGUGGUGGGUCUCAAAGUCCCACCCCAGGGGGACAGGAAUGAAGUGAGCCUUCCCAGCCUUCUCUUCUGCUUUCUUACUG